UAGCCGUGCAUAUCGCUCGAUAAUGUCAUACCACGCGACAGAAGAAGGACCCUCUCGGAAACCGUGCGAGUAACGGGGAGAAGGUGCGGCCGGGAGGCGCAGGGCGGACAUGGCAGACAUGGCAGUCGCUCCCCAUCACCGAGCUUCCGUGCCGCGGGUCUGGCUCAGUUCGUGCCGGAGCUAGACGGAGUCGCAGGCGUCGGGCACUGACUGCGUACUGGCCCAGCCACCAGCGAUGAUAACAACUCCUCAAGACGCGAUGCUCCCGCUUUAACGAGAGGACAAUCAUCACAUCUGCAUUGGAUUCAUCCGCCAACAGCCAUCAAACAUGUCUGACCAGAACUAUUACUGGACCGUGUUGCCGAGCUACAAAACUAGUUUUGUGACCGGGGCCAUGAUGAAAAGGUCAAAAAGUUCCCGUAACAACAAGAGAAGGAGCUUGGGGGUCGGCACCACGUCGCCCACGCUCUCGCGGCCUCUUUCACCUCUCCCACUCGCCACAGCUGGCAACAGCCCCUCAGAAAGCCCCAGAAAUGUUUCUGCCAGCACCUCUGCCAACUUCCAGUUUGCCCGAAGCCAACUGGCACGCACUGAAAGGGCGGAUGGGCGAAGGUGGUCCGUGGCGUCUGUUCCCUCCUCUGGAUACUGCACCAACGCCCCCAGUUCAUCAGUGUCUUCCUCGUCUUCCCAGGAGCUAUUGCACCAGUUGCCCUUCCAGCCCACACAAGAUGAUCUCCACUUCCUGUUCAAACAUUUCCGUAGCACGGAGAGUGUGGCGGACGAGGAAGGAGCACAGGGCCCGCCUCCGGUCAGGCUCCGCUCUCGCAGUCUCAGCCCUGGACGAACCUGUGGAACAUUUGACAAUGAAAUUGUCAUGAUGAAUCAUGUCUACAAAGAACGCUUUCCUAAGGCGACAGCCCAGAUGGAGUGUCGACUGCUCGACAUCAUCGCAGAGUGUUCCCCAGACACGGCCCUGCCCCUGGCUGACGGCGUGCUGGGAUUCAUUCAGCACCAGCUGGUGGAGCUCGCCAGAGACUGUCUGGACAAGUCCCAGCAAGGCCUGGUCACCUCCAGGUACUUUGUGGAGCUUCAGGAGAAACUGGAGAAGCUGCUGCACGAGGCGUAUGAGCGAUCAGAGAGCGAGGAGGUGACCGUCAUCACCAAGCUGGUCAAGAAGAUUCUCAUCAUCAUCUCUCGGCCGGCCAGGCUCCUGGAGUGUUUGGAGUUUGAUCCAGAGGAGUUUUACCAACGUUUGGAGGCUGCAGAGGGUCAUGCCAAGGUGGGCCAUGGCAUCAAGACUGAUAUUCCCAGAUACAUCAUCAGCCAGCUCGGCCUCAACAGGGAUCCCUUAGAAGAGAUGGUUCACCUGGAGCAGACGAGUCCUCUGCACAGAGCGGCCAGCAGGGAGUCUGAUGACACGGGAGAGGCAACAACUUCCCAGAGCCGAGCAGCCGGCACUCCUCCUCGUAGAAAACCACUGGAGAGCGACUUUGAGACUAUCAAGCUCAUUAGCAAUGGCGCCUAUGGGACCGUGUUUCUGGUGCGCCACAAGGAAACCCGUCAACGCUUUGCCAUGAAGAAGAUCAACCGGCAGAACCUGAUCCUUAGAAACCAGAUCCAGCAGGUGUUUGUUGAGCGAGACAUCCUCACCUUUGCUGAAAACCCAUUUGUGGUUUCUAUGUUCUGCUCUUUUGAGACACGGAGGCACCUCUGCAUGGUCAUGGAGUACGUGGAAGGUGGAGAUUGUGCCAAUCUAUUGAAGAACAUUGGUCCUCUUCCUGUGGACAUGGCUCGGAUGUAUUUUGCAGAGACUGUCUUGGCUUUGGAGUAUCUCCACAACUACGGCAUCGUACACAGAGACCUGAAACCUGACAAUUUAUUAAUAACCUCCUUGGGACACAUUAAACUGACAGACUUUGGGCUGUCAAAGAUUGGUCUAAUGAACAUGACCACCAACUUGUAUGAAGGGCAUAUAGAAAAGGAUACCAGAGAGUUCAUCGACAAACAGGUGUGUGGCACUCCGGAGUACAUUGCUCCAGAGGUGAUCCUGAGGCAGGGUUAUGGGAAGCCAGUAGACUGGUGGGCUAUGGGCAUCAUCCUGUAUGAGUUCUUAGUGGGCUGCGUGCCUUUCUUUGGAGACACGCCAGAAAAGCUUUUUGGUCAGGUGGUCAAUGAUGACAUCAUCUGGCCUGAGGGGGAAGACGCUCUGCCAGCUGAUGCCCAGGACCUUAUCACCAGAUUGUUGAGACAGAGCCCUCUGGAGCGCCUGGGAACAGGUGGAACCACUGAGGUGAAAAUGCACCUAUUCUUCUUUGGUUUGGACUGGAACGGCCUCCUGAGACAGAAAGCUGAAUUCAUACCACAACUAGAGACUGAGGAUGACACCAGCUACUUUGACACCCGAUCAGAGCGCUACUGUCACCUGGACUCGGAUGACGAUGAUGAAACCAACGAUGAUGAGUCUUCUCUGGAGCUCCGACAGUUCUCCUCCGUGGCCCACCGCUUCAGCAAGGUGUACAGCAGCACGGAGCACCUGUCCACCUCCACGCCGUCCAACCAGAGCCUGUCGUCAUCGGAGCGAAGCGUCAGUGAGGAGAAGGAGGAGCGAUGGGACGGACGGGGAGUCCUCUCCCCUGGCGAUGGACACAAACACUUGGCCAGUGGAGACAAGAGGACAGAUGGACACAGGGGAAGUCUGCGUCCUCGUGCAUCGUCGAGCUCCUCCCAGUCAGAGCGCAGUGCGAGCCCACUGGUGAUGAACAGCACCCAGAGCCUCGACAUCAUGCCACGCUUCGCCAUCUCUGCCGAGGAGGAAGACGGGAUGGUCUCCAACUUCCGGCGCAUUCGACUCCGAAGCAACAGCACAGGCACCAGGCCUUCCUUCCGAAGGGGGGCGUCCCGGCGCAUCGCCCACCAGCUGGAGACCCCAGAGAAGCCCAGGUCCUCAGCUGGAAAAGUCCCCAAGUCUGCUUCUGUCUCUGGUCUCUCCCUCAUCAUCACCCCAGAUGACUCGGCAGGUCCUCCUACGAGCCCCAAGUCGUCCUUGUCCCUGUCGUCCAAUCCCUCGUCCAGAGAUUCGUCCCCCAGCAGGGACCUCUCCGUUAGUGUCAGCUGCCUCAGACCUCCGGUGGUCAUCCACAGCUCUGGGAAGCGAUUUGGUUUUGCCUUGCGGGCUAUCAGAGUCUACAUGGGAGAUAGUGACGUCUACACGGUUCACCACAUGGUCUGGUGUGUUGAGGACGACAGUCCAGCACUCGAGUCAGGAUUGAGAGCUGGUGACCUCAUCACUCACGUCAACGGGGAGUCGGUCCAGGGACUGGUCCACACCGAGGUGGUGGAGCUCCUGCUUAAGAGUGGGAACAGGGUGACCCUGCAGACUACUGCACUGGAGAACACUUCUAUCAAGGUGGGCCCUGCCAGAAAAGCGAGCUACAAGGCCAAAAUGGCCCGACGCAGCAAGAAGAGCAAAAGAAAGGACGGACAGGACAGCCGGCGUCGCAGCAUCUUGAAGAAGCUAUCCAAGCACACUCCUCCUCCACCUAUGCAGAGCAGUCGUAGCUUCUCGUCAGGUUUCCACCAGUCAUCCAGCGACAGCCUCUCCGGCUCUCCCACACAGAGUCUCUCUCCUGGGCCUUCUACGCCUUGUCGCUCUCCUGCUCCUGAUCACUCUGGAGAUUCAAGUUCCUCUCCCUGCUCCAGCUCCCCUAACUCGCCUGUCCCGCAGGCCCGUCCCAGUUCCUUACACGUGUUGGGUCGCUACAACAAAGCCGGUCGCUGCAAGUCCACCAGCAGUAUCCCUCCUUCACCGCUGGCCUGCAUCCCCCCUCCUCAGCCCCUCUCCCCGCAGUGCUCUCCAUCCUGCCUCCCCAGUCAUCCCAAGUCUCUACAGGGUUUCCAUGGCAAGACUUUGUCCCCUCCCACCAUCACUCGCCAUUCUGUGCGUCCCCGCAGUGCAGAACCGCCGCGGUCACCGCUCCUCAAGAGGGUCCAGUCUGCGGAGAAGCUGACAGGCGACAAGGCGACGGGGGGUUACCAUGUGGAUAGGAAGGCCUACAGCACCCGUCGCCAUACCAUGGAGGUUCCUCUGUCUGAAGGGGAGGGGCUGGAGGACAUGGAGGGGUACACCGCCACCGGGUUCGUCUGCGUCGGCGAGCAUGGCCGUCAGGGUCUCUACAUUGGAGGCCAGAGGGGCCACCAGGACACGGCCAGUGGGGGCAGCGAGCAUUACCGCUCUACUACCUCGCCACAGCACCGCGGCGGCGGCCACCACUCCGACGAGGUGGUGGUGAUGAGGAAGCUGGCGCUGUCGGAGCGAAGGGACUCCUUUAAGAAACAGGAGGCCGUGCAGGAAGUGAGUUUCGAUGAUCUGGAGGAGAGAGAUGCGACGCCGAGCCCAACGCUUCCCGUCAUGGAGCAGAAAGCAUUCACGGCAUCCUGGAUGAACUCGGCCCAGUCAGAAUCCGCCGUGAAGCCGGAAAGAAGUGGAUCGCAGGAUUCAAAAACACCUCAGAAAGCCAAGUCGAAGGACAAAGAAGGGUUUUAGUUGUGUCACUUUGCCAGCGAGCCUCAGUGAGGAAGUAAGAAGUGAAGAUAAGUCUUUGACCUGCUACUGCAAUUACAUUUGAAGGCCUUGCAUGUGCGUCCAGAAAACUGUGACCAAGUCUCAAAUCAUCACAGGCAACUGCUUGAAGACAGAAGAACAAAAUAAUGAUGUACAGUAUCUCAGUAAUAUAUGCAUCCUGCAACACUGUUAACAGAAUAAUGACUGCCAAACCAUGUUUACUUCCUAGUUGCUUGUUUCUUCUCUCGGUUCUCAAAUCACUGUGGCACCUGUGACUGAUGUACUUUGUAAACAUUUUUGUUAUGUUCAAAACCUAUUUAUGACUUUUUAUGUUCAUCUUGUUUUUCUGGCUGUUGAAAAUGCCUCGGAUGCUUCAGCUGCUCUUAGUUCACGAAAUGCACAAAAGAACAGGCGCACAGAAAGAUGUCAGUGUGGCUUUACAGCAGUUGCAGAAAAGGACAGGUAACGGCACUCAAUGUUGUACCAUUUCUUCUUUUUUUUAUACCUCAAUACCCACCAAGAACUAGGUGUAGUUUCAUGUUCGGAAUGAGGCUUUGAAACCUGAAGCAUAUAAUGUAUAUGAAAGAAUUUUAAGACGAUCCUCUGCGAGCUGCCUCUCUGUCGCGCUGAUGCCAGCCAUUUGAACUAGUCGAUUCCAAACUUUGGCCUUGUAUUAACAUCUUUUGAAGGACAACAAUAUAAACUUUCUUAUUACUUGGAAGUCUAGCUGUGGUGCCAAAUCAUGGUCUAGCCAUAGAAAUCCAUUUGAAAAGAGGUACUGUAGUUGUAUAUAAGAAGCUUCAUGCAUGCAUGAGCUCUUUCACUUCCUGUCUGUCCUUCAAAAUCUGUGUGUCUCUCCUCCAGCGGUGGUGUAAAUCAUUACCUGAUCAACAUACAGGUGUGUAGAUAAAGCUCUGUGACUACAUGGAGCCAGACUGUUGUCACUGUCCUGUAAAACCGUGUUGAAUCGAGCCUCCGUCCAGCUCCUUCACCUAGUCUAGCUCAAGUGUUUGCAGAAGUUAUUGUAGCCGUGUAACAGUUUUAGAGCACAUUCAUAUUUCAGGACGAAUUCAACAAACUUGUUCCCUUGGCGGUUUUCUCUAAUGCGUGUUAUGAAUGAAUGUUUACCUUUCAGCGUGAAUCUAAGCGUGACAUUUUCAUGGUAUUUGUUAAAUUAUUAGCCCAAAAAAAUGACCGGAAUUCAACCUGAGUGGGUGAAGGAAUGGGUAGAGGUGAUAUCUUUUUGUAUAUUUUGAUAUGGAAACAGUCUUGUUGCAGCUCUGAUAACUAAAAUGCUGUUGAUGUAUGUUGUAUAAACGAUGGUGGACCUUAUAACAGCUGUAGAUGGUGUUGUUUGAAAAGUGACCUUGUAAGGGUAGAUGGACUCAGAUACAUUGUGUGACGUGACAGGGUCUUAAUCUCAUGUUGCAAUCAGCCUCAAAGGAUUGUGCAUGCUUCACAUCCCAGAAGAAUAUUCCCAAAAUGUUAUAACAUAUUUACUAGUAACUGAUUUGAGUUUUUACAGCAGUGUUUAGUUAAGAAAUGGGAUUGUGUUAUCAGCUAUGUAUUCUUUUAUUUUAUACGUUUAUGGCCAUUCUUAAUAUGUUCCUUAUUGUUUUCAUUCAGGAACACUUUAGUAACCAAAAUGCUUGUUUCAGAUUGAUUAUUUACAAAGAAAUCCUUUUGUCUUUUGUUCUUAGAUGUAAUGAUGGCACCCAUUUAUAUUGUUGCCUAAUGGAGGGAACCAGUAAUGUGGAAAUUCAUCACGGAUGUUUAGCACAUACUAAGCCUUAAAAUGUGGUCAGAUAUUGCGAGGUUCAAAUUAGAAGUGUGUUCGUCUGCUCGGGGGAAAGUAAACAUUGUGUCUAUAUGGGAUUUAUCCUUGAUUUUUUAAUGCCAUAUAUAUGUAUAUCUCGGUAUGUUUUUAUGAUUUCAGUUUUUUAUUUUGUACCCCAACCAAACAGUAAUACUGUCUUUUAAGUUGAAUUAUCAUUUUAUACUUUUUAACUAUCUUUUGGGGGUCUCAGCAGCAGCAGUCCAUAGCAGCGGUCAGAACAACUCAUCUCUGUUUGUGUCGGCAUGUGUGGGAUGAACGCCAUGUCUUCACAGCUAUCAUCCUCCAUCUUGUUUGUAAAGUCUUCCACACUUGUUUUUGUGUUGUCAAAAAGCUAUUGUUCCCCUUUCGACCCCUUGUCACCAGAUGUCAAACUGGCCUUUAUGAAAUUCCUACCAUGUGGGUAUCUGAUGCAGACUGGUGUGAUAUUGUUUUUUUAUUGUCUUAACAGUGCUUGAAAUAAAUGCAUUACAAAGGGACUACAAAGUCCAGGACUACAAA